AUGAAGAUAAUUGAUAAAGUAUCACUUUUUUUUAGGUCAACAAAUCAAUAUGAACUUACCGGUGGUCACGAUGUUGAUCAUGAUUGGAUUAAAGAAAUCAAUGGUCAAGUCGAUGGACAACGUCGUGUUAAAGUGGUACCAAGAUUUCAAUUUCAAGGUUGGACUCAAAUAGAUUAUCAGAUGUUAAUAGCUGAAUUAAAUGAGGUUGAUUCUCUUGUAAAUACUUUAAGUUUAGAAUGCAGCUACGUUAUACUUUUAAGAAAUUUCGUGAUGAGAUUAGGUGCUAAAUUACAUGAUCAAUAUCAGGAAUUAAUUUUAGUAUUACCCCCAAGAAAGCCCUCAAUACCUCACUUUACGGCUGACCAACUUGAUGAUUUUAGUCAAUUUGUUGAUGAGGAUAAUAUAUUGUCUUUUACUCCAACAAUGAUGAAUCGUGAUAAAUUAUUACUUGGAAUGAAUAUGUAUGGUAUGGAUUUUUAUCAAGGACGUGCUGAACAUAUUACUGGUAAUACAAUAAUUAAAAAAAUACGUCAACAUAAACCUAUAAUUGAGUGGAAUGAAAAUUUGGGUGAACAUUACUUUCAAUAUCAAGAGAAUGGAAUAUCUCAUAUUGUAUGGUAUCCUUCCUUGAAGUCUAUUGAAUCUCGUCUUCAAUUAGCUGAAGAUUAUGGUACUGGAUUGUCUAUUUGGGAAAUAGUCAUUAAUUAG